ACCAAUUCGUGUCAAUUCCGUUUUUUGUCGUAUAAUGUCUGAAGAUCAACGAAGACGUCGACAUAAAGAUGAUGAUGAGACUCGCGAAAAGCUGAGAAGGAAAUUAUCUUUAAACAACAAAUCAACUGAUAACCAAUGCACAAUUUGUCUCAACAAUAUUCGUGAUUUAUCUUUUGCUGAUUGCUGUCUUCAUCCAUUUUGCCGUUUCUGUAUUAUUGAAUGGUCUAAGCGAUCAAAUCAUUGUCCAGUUUGCCGAACAGUAUUUGACAAUAUAUUGACCAAUGUUAAAUCAGACUCUGAGUAUGAAGCCAUUCCAAUUGAACCGCCACCAUUGCCAUUGAAUACAAUUCCAUUGAUCAAUAUUGUACGAGAUAUAAUAGUUUCCCAGGAUGGUCGAAGUACGCUUAUAAGAACAAGAAUCAGCAACGAUGAAGGAGUCACUGAAAUAACCGAAACCAGAGCUGCAAAUGAAACAACACCAACAUCAACUAAUAAUGAAGGGACAAGAGUUGAGCGCGAUCCUAACCAGCCGGUCACUAACCCAGCGAUUCCUAAUAACCAGUCAACUACCGAAAUUGAAGAGAUUGGCCGAUUUAUGGAUGUACUUUUUCACACUUUAUUGGCCCCAGAACCAUAUUCUGCCAUUGCUUUAAUUGAAGAACCUUCACAGCCACUUGCCCGGCCUAGAGCACAAGGGCCACGUCCAUUUUUCCCUCCACCUAUGAUGAUACCACUACCACGUCUUGGACCAAGGCCUUACUUUCCCCAUGCCAAACGUGUACCAGGAGAGUUUAAUUAUCCGAAAUUUGAGUGGCCAAAGUCAACAAUUGAUAACCGAAGAGGUAGAAGUGGAAUUUACAGGUUUCCAACUCGAAGCAAUCGUGGGUCAACCAAUUCAUCUACAGCACCAACCAGACCAUCAUCUCAUAUUGACUCUACUCCAAGUUCAGAGGACAACCAACAAAAUAGUCAAAAUCAAGAAUCAAAUAGCAAAGAGAGAUCUCGAAGACGCCGGAAAAAACCUAAUAAAGAGGAACCACCUAAAGAUUAAUCAAUAGAUCAUCCAUUUUAAAAUUUUCAUUUUCCCCCAAUUUCUCAAAAAUCAUCUCUAAUUAAUUAUUUAUCCAUUUUCAAUAUUUUUGUGGUUAUAUUUGAAAGAUCAAUGAUAAUCUUAAUAAUAAUUCAGUGACUGGCAUUUAUUUAUAUCAAAUACUCGGCAACUAAGUAUUGUAAUAGAGGGCAAAGAGGGCCAAUCCUUGUUAAGGAUUAUAUCAAGGGUUAAUCAUUGUAAAUUAUCGGGUUUAUGUCUUAAUUUUGAUGACCAGCAAAGUGGUUUACUGUAAUCAGUCAUGAUUUGUCAAGGUAACAUAAUUUUGACAAUGUGAGGUGCAUUAUUAUACUGAAUGGGCGAAUCUGGAUCAUGUCUUAGAUUUCAACUUUAAUGGCUACAUUUAACAAGGUUGAAGAGAAAUUUUUUGUCAAAAUGAGUGUAAAUUGUUGUUUUCACGGACUAAUGGUUCCUAUGUUAGAGUGACUAUUGUCGCCCUUAGACACCCAUUUUUUUUGUUUCUUAAACUGAAAUGUAACUUGAAGAGAAACUCUUAAAUUGUUCAUUUUUUGAUUGUCUUUCUUUUGACAGUCUCACAAUUAAUCUGGUUGUUUAUCUGUAUUCAUGGAGAUGUCAACAAGAAAAUCUUAAUCCUACAAGAAAAACUGUCAAACAACAAUCACAACAGUAAACAAGACAACUUUCAGUGUUGUGAUCUGAUUUUUCAAUUUUCAUUUCACAUCAACACCUAAUUCUGUUUACCCGAUUCUGCCAAUUCUUAACAACUUUCAAUGUUCCCAACUAUUAAAUACAGAUCAAAUGGUUAGUUGAUUGUUACAAAUGAUAAUCGAUUGAUGAAAGAUUGGGAAUGGAGAAGAACAUUUUCUCACAAUUAUAGAUGACUGAUCUCUUGUUUAUGGCAACUUGGAUAGCAAUUUGAUUAUUAAUAUAAAUAAAUGAAUAUAACAAGAUUACAAGGUGAGAGCCAAAAAAACGAGGAAAAAUAAUUGAAACAGAAAUUGAACAGUUAAUGAAUGAAACCAGAUUAAGGGCAAAAAAGCAUCAAAAAAGUGCAACAGAAAUGAUGAGAAUGAGUAAGGUAGUGUUGAUGAUCGGUAGAGAUGGUGAGCAUCGGUAAGUUUCAAUUGAAAAAUUGAAGGUAACCUUGAUUAACUGGAAGUGUAAAGAGUGAAGAUGAAUUC